AUGUUACAGGGGCUUGGGAUGCCUCACCAGGAUGAGGCGGUAGCACUUGGCGUGCGUCGAGAAGUUCCAUACCUUCUUGAUAGAGUCCAUUGCCUUGCUUGUACUUACUUAAGUCAAGAUUGGCUUGGUGUUCAGUGUCAAAAAAAUACAGGAUUUCAAAUCAUCCCUGCUCCUCGAAGUAUUUCUUCGACGUCAGAGAGUUUGAUCGAGAAAGCAAGGACCAAAGGUGCCUAA